AUGGGCAAGAAUGUACUGAGGAAUGAUGAUGAGGUUGGUGAGGAGGAUAAUCUUGAAGUAUAUGAUGUAGAUGGGCAGGAAGAUUAUUUUGAGUAUGAAGGUACUGAACAUGUUGAUUCAGGGGUUUACUGGAAUUCAGAAUGCAUAUUUAAUGAGGAUGCUGAAGGUCAUUUGGAUGAAGAAGAAGAGCAUAUUGAUGAAGGAUCAGAUCUCGAAAAUGGAGAGCAUAUAGUUGUCAGCUUAUCACCAACGACAGCAGAUAUGGUCAUCUCCAGUGAUGAAGAACAAGGUUAUAUUUCAGAAGAGUUAGUGGACAACUGUAUAUCUGAUGAUGACAAGGGUGAUGACGAGUUGGGAAAGUACCCCGAGUUUGAUGAGAAUGCCACGUUUGGGGAGGUUCAAUUAGAGUUACAAAUGUUAUUCCCAAACUUAACUAUGUUCAAGAAAGCUGUGACAGAUUAUAAUGUAUCAAUAGGAAGGGUGUUCAAAUUUGUGAAGAAUGACAACGAAAGGGUUAGGGCAAAGUGUAGAUCGGAAGGGUGCAAAUGGGAGAUCUACUGUUCUUGGAGUAAUGAGGUGAAAACUUUCAAAGUAAAGAAGUUCGUGGAGCCACAUACUUGUGCUAGGGGGUUCAAAAACAAGCAAGCUAAUAAGAAGUGGUUGGCUGCUCAGCUUGUUGAUGAAUUAAGAUCAUACCCGACAAUGUCAGCACAUGAUGCUUUUGAGUGGUUUAAAAGGUAUAGAGGUAUUCACGUAGAUGACUAUCAAAUAUAUAGAGCAAUGAGAUUAGCCAGAAAAAUUGUAGAGGGAUCUGAGAAGUUGCAAUAUCAAAAAUUGUGGGACUACUGUGAGGAAUUGAGGAGGCGGAAUCCUAAUUCUACAUUUGGUUUGAAAGUACAUAGACCUACUCUAGAGUUGCCACCAACAUUUGAUAGGCUAUACAUUUGCUUUAAUGCAAAUGUUCAGGGGUUUAAAGCAGGAUGCAGACCCCUCAUUGGGCUGGAUGAGUGUUUUCUAAAGGGAUAUUAUGGAGGACAAUUACUGUCUGCUGUUGCUCAAGAUGGCAAUCAACAUUUUUAUGUGAUUGCAGUAGCUGUUGUUGAGCAAGAAAGUAGGGAUACAUGGAGUUGGUUUUUGACAAAUUUUCUUGGGGAUAUUGGACAAUACAGUGAUAAUGGUUGGAAUUUUAUAUCAGAUCAACAGAAGGGUUUGAAAUUGGCUUUGGAGGAAUUAUGUCCUGGUGCUCCACAUAGGAAUUGUGUAUUGCACAUAUGGAGGAACUUCUACAACAAAUUCAAGAACAUGGAACUAACCAAACAACUUUGGAAAUGUGCAAGAAGUACUACAAUGGUGGAGUUUGAACAUAAUAUGAUGAUAAUGAAGAGAAUGAAUGAGGAUGCAUGGGCAUGGCUGAAGAGAUUCAAGCCCGACUCUUGGAGCAAAGCUGGAUUUAGUGAUUACCCUAAGAAUGAUAAUCUACUAAAUAAUACUUGUGAGCAGUUUAACUCGAAGAUUGUGAAGUUCAGAGGUAAGCCAAUCAUUACGAUGCUUGAAGAGAUUAGAUGUUAUUUGAUGGGAAAGAUGAAUAAGCACAGAUUGAGGGCAAAUAGCUUUGUGGGUCCAAUUUAUCCAGUAGCACAGAGUAGACUAGACAAGUUUAGAAAAGAUAGUUCAUAUUGGACUCCCGAAUGGGUUGGUGAUGCAGAUGGUUACAAAUUUCAAGUAUGGAAAAGGCCCCAAUGCAAGGUGGUAGAUUUAGGUGCUGGAACUUGUAGUUGUAGAAUGUGGCAGUUAACUGGGAUACUAUGUGCACAUGCUAUUGCUUGCAUGGCUUACAAUAAUUUGGAACCCGAGAAGUAUGUCCACGCAUGGUAUUCUACUGAACGAUGGAGAGCCACUUAUGUCCCAUACAUUGAACCAAUUACUAGUGAAAGUGACUGGCACCACACUGAACUGCUACCAAUUGAACCACCUGCAUUUAAAAGACCGUCUGGAAGGCCUAAGCAAAAGAGAAGGCAAUCUCAGGGUGAGGCAAGCAACUCUGUCAACUCCUCCAAUGCAACAAGAAAGUAUGGUGAGACUCACUGCUCUAGAUGUGGAGAGGCUGGGCACAACAUUAGGAGAUGUACGAAUGAAGCCACUAAUGAUGCUCUAAAUAGGAGAGGAAACAGAAGAACAACCAGGGGUCCUAAUGCAUCUGAUUCACAGGUUGAAGCCCCCUUAGGCCCCUCAGGCCCCAUUGUAGGGUCUCAAGACUCUAUCAUCCUUGGACCUAGCGUACCUGUUUCAUUGGGAUCCAUUCGAUCAGCUUCACAUUCUUCUGCUCAGGUUGAUUGA